AUGGCACCCAACCCCAGCACCCAACGCCAACCCCUAAAACUGCUUAUGCUGCACGGCUACACGCACCCCCUCCGCCUCCUCCCAUCCGACAUCCCUGGCUACGAGCCCUCAGAAACAAGCACCGAAACUUCCUCAAUCGAAGCUUACGGCUGGUGGCGCCGCUCCAACACCGCCAAUCCGCCCUUAUACACAGGCAUUGAGGAAGGGCUCGCCACAGUAGCGCGCACACUAUCCGAAGAAGGACCCUUUGACGGCGUGAUUGGGUUCUCGCAGGGCGCCGCGCUGGCGGCGAUGGUUGCGGCGUUGCUGGAGCCCGGAAGGAAGGCGAGCUUUGAGCAUUUUGAGAAGAUUACUGGCGAAGGGGGUGUGGCGGGUAUGCCGUUCCCUGAGUCGUUUGGGGCUGGAGCUGGGUUUCAGCAUCCGCCGCUUAAGUUUGCGGUUUGUUAUUCGGGUUUCAGGGCGCCUGGGGCGAGAUAUCGUGGGUUCUUUGAGGAUCCCGCUAUUAGGACGCCGGUUUUGCAUGUGCUUGGGAGUCUGGAUGCUGUUGUUGAGGAAGGGAGGAGUCGGGCUUUGAUUGAGGCUUGUGUUGGGGAGCCGGAGAAGGAGGGUUUGGUUGUUUGGCAUCCUGGUGGUCACUUUUUGCCUAGUCAGCGGCCUUAUUUGGAUGCUGCUGUUAAGUUUAUUCGGGAGUAUGUUGGGCAGGAGGAUUCUAAGAUGGGGAAGGUUGAGGAGGUGGAUGUCAAUGAUAUGGAUAUGCCGUUUUGA